GAUGGCGGCGGGUUCGGAUCUGCUGGAUGAGGUUUUGCUGAAUACUGAGGUGGAUGAGAAGGUGGUAAGCGACCUAGUGGGCUCCCUGGAGUCUCAGCUGGCGGCCUCAGGCCACCACCACCAGCACCACAAUGCGCAGGAGACCCUCAGGGCCGCUGGGGGGCUGCUGGGGAACCAUGUUGUGAGCAGCAGCAGCAGCAGCAGCCCAAGCCCUAGUCCUGGAGGAGUAGUAGUAGGAGGCAAUGCUAAUGUCCAAACAGAGAGCCCCGGCAGCGGCACCACCGGCAGCAGCAGCAGCACCACCACCACUACCGCCGCCGCCGCCGCCGUCAAGAUGGGACUCAGUGGCCCAGAGAUCACCAAGCCAGGAACUGGUGGAGUGCAAGGGAGUGUAAUCAAUCAUAACGCCAGGUCCCAGGGUUCUACUUUGGAUGGGGCCACCACAACCAGCACCAGCACCACUGCAACAGUCCAAGGUGGAUCUGAAGCUGCUGUCACCCCAGGGACCCUCAGCCAGGGCAAAUCAGUGGUCAUCAGCACCAUGGCGACAGCUUUAUCUACCAGGAAUGGUAAAAUUGGCACAACGGCGGUGCAGACUCUAAAUGGGAGUAAUGUGGUGAUGAAUUCUCACGCUUCUUUCUCAGCCACUCCUGUAACAGCGAACCCUGCCGUUGUCCCCGCCGUCACCCCUCUUGUUAAUAAUGGACCUGGAAAUGUGGGGAAAGUCAACACGGUUAACGCCGUCUUGCCAUCUGCUCCAAGUACCGUCAUCCAGACUUCUUUCCUUGGCACUGGGGUGUCCUCCGCCUCUUCGCCCUCUCCUACGGUGAUCUCGCAACAACCCCCAAGCAUUGGGGCUGGAGGGCCGACUGUAGCAUUGGUGAGGCCACCCAUUCACACAGCGGGACCCACAGUGGCCGCAGCCACCCAGAACGGGAGCAAUACUGUGAUCAAUUCAACCAUCAGUGUGGGAAGUUUUCCUGCUGCUGCUGUUGCUGCAGCCACCGUGGGGUCUGGUGUUUCCCUCCAGACCUCUCUUGUGAACAGCCAGCCAGGCGCUGGUGUACCGGCUGCACCCACCACGCAGGUCAUCAAAUCGGAGUCUCCUAAAACUAUUGUGCAGGCGGUAACCCAGCAGCAAACUCUGGCUGCUGGUGGGCAGCCCAGUACUACAGGGGGUAAUAUGAUCAUUGGGCAAACUAUGCAAGCUGGCCUGCCCAACGUAGCCCCUAAUCCUGGUGGGGUACCUCCUGCGCCUCCAAGUACCCCCACAGGCUUGGCUAAGGGUGCAGCCAAUACAGUGGCGCAGAGCCUACCAAGGACUCCGACGGCAACUACAAGUGGAAUCAGAGCAACUUUGACUCCCACAGUUUUAGCACCACGUCUGCCUCAGCCUCCUCAGAAUCCAACAAAUAUUCAGAAUUUUCAGUUGCCACCAGGCAUGGUCCUUGUGCGUAGCGAGAAUGGUCAGUUAUUGGUGAUCCCUCAACAUGCUUUAGCGCAGAUGCAGGCCCAAGCACAUGCACAGUCCCAGCCUCAAACUACCAUGACUCCUCGCCCUGCCACACCCACCAGUGCUUCUCCGGUCCAGCUCUCGACUGUGCAGGUCAGUUCACUGAGAAAUGCUCCUGGAACGCCUAUAAUUGCACGGCAGGUGGCACCGACCACUAUAAUCAAGCAAGUGUCUCAGGCACAGACAACUGUCCAACCCACAACCACGUUACAGAGGCCGCCCGUAGUUCAGCCUCAGAUUGUUCUGGGCAGUCCUGCACAAACGACAGCGUUAGGAACGGCAACGGCUGUGCAGACUGGAACGCCUCAGAGGACGGUGCAAGGAGCUACAGCGACCUCAACCACGACCACAGAAACCAUGGAAAAUGUGAAGAAAUGCAAGAAUUUUCUCUCAACAUUAAUAAAACUGGCCUCUUCUGGAAAGCAGUCCACAGAGACUGCAGCUAAUGUGAAAGAACUAGUCCAGAACUUGCUGGAUGGAAAAAUUGAAGCAGAAGAUUUCACCAGCAGGCUGUACCGGGAACUUAAUUCUUUACCUCAACCUUACCUUGUGCCUUUCUUGAAGCGGAGCUUACCUGCCUUGAGACAGCUGACUCCAGACUCGGCGGCUUUCAUUCAGCAAAGCCAGCAUCAGCAGCCCACGACGCAGCCUACCACUGCUUUAACGGCCGUGAUGCUGAGUGGCUCAGUUCAGCGUACAGCGGGAAAGACCACGGCCACCGUAACAAGUACCUUACAGCAGCCAGUCAUCAGUCUAACACAGCCGACGCAAGUUGGGGUUGGCAAGCAAGGGCAGCCCACGCAGGUGGUUAUCCAGCAACCUCAAAAACCAGGCACGUUGAUUAGGCCUCCGCAGGUGACGUUGACACAGACCCCGAUGGUGGCCUUGCGGCCACCACACAACCGUAUUAUGCUUACUACUCCUCAACAAAUUCAGCUGAACCAACUUCAGACAGUCCCUGUGGUAAAACAGACAGUAUUACCUGGAACCAAAGCUCUUUCUACUCUCUCAACCCAAGCUGCCGCCGCUCAAAAAAAUAAACUCAAAGAACCUGGGGGAGGUUCUUUUAGGGAUGAUGACGAUAUUAACGAUGUUGCAUCGAUGGCAGGAGUUAACCUUUCAGAAGAGAGUGCACGUAUAUUGGCCACGAAUUCUGAAUUGGUGGGCACGUUAACAAGAUCAUGUAAAGACGAAACCUUUCUUCUCCCAGCACCUUUGCAAAGAAGGAUAUUAGAAAUAGGUAAAAAGCAUGGAAUAAUGGAAAUCCACCCCGAUGUAGUUAGUUAUGUAUCGCACGCGACGCAACAAAGGUUACAAAACCUGGUCGAAAAGGUAUCGGAGACUGCCCAGCAAAAGAAUAUUUCUUACAAGGACGAUGAAAGAUACGAGCCAGCAAGUGACGUUCGGGCGCAGCUCAAAUUCUUUGAACAACUUGAUCAAAUAGAAAAACAGCGGAAAGAUGAACAAGAAAGGGAAAUUUUAAUGCGCGCAGCAAAGUCUCGAUCUAGACAAGAAGAUCCAGAGCAGCUUAGGUUGAAACAAAAGGCCAAGGAGAUGCAACAACAAGAACUAGCACAAAUGAGACAGAGGGACGCCAACUUAACUGCAUUGGCCGCAAUAGGGCCCAGAAAAAAGAGGAAAGUGGACUCUCCAGGCUCUGGUUCAGGGACAGAGGGAUCCAGUACAAGCGUCGCAGUCCCAGGCAGCUCUGGAGUUGGAACGACCAGGCAGUUUACACGGCAAAGGAUAACGCGGGUGAACCUCAGGGACCUCAUAUUUUGUUUAGAAAAUGAGCGAGAGACAAGCCAUUCAUUAUUGCUAUACAAAGCAUUCCUUAAGUAAAAGUGGAGAAGAUCAAGGUAUUUUUUGGCGGAGAAGACACCUGGGGACACUUUUUUUAUAUAUAUUUGCAGAUUACGCCUUUUUGUAACGAGCAUAUGGGAUACUGUUUAAAAAAACAACACAUACACACCCCAUCGAAGACAACCACGACCACUCUGAGACAACCACCUCUGUACAAGGAAGCGUUUUCUAUUCCCAUUUAUCAUAAACUCUUUGGUAUAAGAGAACCCUUUCUUUGACCGUAAGGAAACUUGCAAAGGCCUGAGGAGACGAUAAGAGGACAAUUUAAAGUUUAACUCAUCUCUUUGAUUGAGUGGCCUUCUUGCCAAACAAGCCAUAUUAGAGACUGAUGGAACCGUUUAGCAAAUAACCAGCUACUCUGUGUCAGAUCCUGUAGCAAUUUCAACAUUAAUUGUGCAUUUUAGUUCAGUUUUACUUAACUAAAUCGAUUAUAUAGGUAUAUGCCUACAGCAGAUGACCUCAUUUUAUUUUAGCUUUUAAAAGGAGUCAGUUAGCAAAGCAAACUGAUUUUAAUAAAAUAUUUAUCUUUUCCUGCCCCAAAAUUGUUCAAAUUGUAGUUUACACUUAAUUUUAAGCGUAACCUCAAUUCUUUUAAUCUCGUUAUAAUCGCUUAUUAGAGGCACCCCACCCACUCUGAAGACCCACAAAAGGAGGGUUACUUCUGAAUGUUUUAUCAGCAUCUGUAAAAAAAAAAAAAGGAAGAAAAAAAAGGAAAAAAAGAAAUGCAUUUUAUUUGCUAUAGUUUGUAAAGCUGUAAAGUUUAAAACAAAAAAAGAAAAAAGAAAAAAAAAGAAAAACCUUUUCAGCAUAAAUAUAUUUUACUUGCACUGUGUUUUUUAGCGGAAGUGAAAGCUUAGAUUAAAUAAAAAUCAAAGUUAAGAGGAAUCAUCAAAAAGACAGUUUCUCAGUGUGAAAUCAAGUGUUGAAAAAUGAUUGGUGUAUUUUGUCAGUAAUUGUACAUAAUUUUUGGCACAUAACAUUAAAAAAAAAUGGCUAUGUAAACUAUAAUUAUUUUGCUAAAAGACUGUAUGCAAGCUGUGGGCUUACUUUAAAGAUGUCCAGAGCAAAAUUCCCCUCUUUGUACCUAUUUUUUUAUUACAAAUAUACUAAUUGGUUCUUUAUAUUUUCAGAGGUUAUUGUAUUAAAUUGUCUAUUGAUAGUACUUUUAUGACUGUAAAUAUGUCGGCUUUCUUUGUGUGAACUCUCAUGUUAGAUUUUAAGGGCAGGGGCCACCGUAAACGUUUCCUGUGCAAAUCCUAUUGAAAUGAAGGGAGCUUUACAUGAACUGGCAUUGAUUUCAACGGAGCCUUGUGUGAGAAGCGUUUCCUGUGGAUUGCACCUUAACUCUUUUUGUGUGUAAACUGAAUGCUGAUCAGUAUUUUUAUCAACACCCAACAAACUGUUACACCUUUUUAUUUUGUCUUUUAGGGAAAAAAAAUCCUGUCUUUCCAUUUUUUUUUCAUGUAAAUUUUGCACAGUUCCUUGUUCAUAUGUAAAUAUUUACUUUCAAAAAUGAAGUUUUUAAUUGCUAUUGUUUUAUAUAGGAUUGAAAGAAAAUUAACUCCUUUAUUAAAAACAAAUUUAUCUGUA